GCGCAACUCAUAAAUUCUUCCACCACGUGGUUGUUCCCUCACUACGCGGUGUAUCACAUGACUGUCUCCCACAUGUGUCACAGUGUUCAAUGUGUCGUGCACUGUUGUGUCACGUCAAACCUACGGUCGAAGACGCGCUAAAAAUUAUAUAUAAAAUCACUUCUGUAUCACGUGUUAUUCAGUACUGUAAAAACUAAUCCUGUCAGCGAUAAACAAUAUAUCGCAAUUGAACAAUAUAUAUUACAAUUGAAAAAAUAUACUCAUUUUAAUACCUGUACACGUGUGCGUUCUGUGUGCAUUUAAUUAUUGAAUGUAUUUUCAAGACAACUUUUGGAUGCUGCACAUGUGACAGUGACUAAUACUAAUGUACAGAUAAAGAUAAACUGAACACAAACCCAGAGAUAAACACCAUUCCUGGGUUAUGCCUAGAGAUAUAUGUACACCCGUUAGGACUAAAGUCUAUUCAGUAAAUAUAAUCCACAAUAUAAACUGUAAUCAUGGAGAAGCAGGAUUUGUUAGUGCAAAUACAUGUAGAAAGACCUGUUUACAAACAUGAAGUAUUAAAUCAAAAUUAUGAUUAUGAGAAACCAAAAUCAUCUGUAAUUCAGAGUAUAGUGAACAAUGUCAAGUCAAAAAACUGGCAAUCUUGCAUGAUGUCAACUGUGCCAGUGAUAAAAUGGCUUAGCAAAUAUAAUUGCAGAAAAGACCUAAUACCUGAUGUUAUUUCUGGUUUGACUGUGGCAAUAAUGCAUAUACCUCAAGGUAUGGCAUAUGCAUUUUUGGGAAACUUGCCACCAGUAGUUGGCAUAUACAUGGCCUUCUUUCCUGUCCUUGUGUAUUUUUUAUUUGGUACAUCUAAGCAUGUAUCUAUAGGAACUUUUGCUGUGGUAUGCUUAAUGACCGGAAAGGUAGUAACGUCUCACUCAAAUCCACUUGUGGAACAUGCAUCUGCGAAUAUUUCAGAUAGUGCUUCUCUAAAUCUUGAAGAUACUACGCAUACAUAUACACCUAUGCAAGUGGCUACAGCUGUGACACUAAUGAUUGGAAUAUAUCAGAUAAUAAUGUACAUAUUCAGAUUAGGUAUCGUGACAACAUUGCUAAGUGAAACUUUGGUAAAUAGUUUUACAACAGCUGCUGCUGUUUAUGUUCUAAUAUCUCAAAUAAAAGAUCUACUUGGUCUAAAAUUACCAAAGCAAAAAGGAUAUUUUAAAUUAAUUUUUACUGUCGUAGAUGUAUUUAAAGAAAUAGAAAAUACCAAUAUAUCUGCCGCAAUAGUGUCAACUAUAUCAAUAAUUAUUCUUAUAAUUAACAAUGAGUUUCUAAAGCCAAGAUUGAACAAAAAAUGCAGCAUACCAGUACCUAUUGAACUCAUUGCAGUUGUUGGUGGGACAUUAGUUUCCCGAUAUUGUGAUUUGCCACAGACUUAUAAUAUCGAAAUUGUUGGACAUAUUCCAACAGGAUUACCUAAAGUUGAAAUACCUAGUGUUGAAUUACUGCCCUUAGUAGCGAUUGAUAGCAUUGCGAUAACCAUGGUUUCGUAUACCAUUACCGUAUCAAUGGCAUUAAUAUUUGCGCAAAAACUCAACUAUGAAAUAGACUCAAAUCAGGAGCUUCUUGCAAUGGGCUUGAGCAAUAUAAUGGGUUCUUUUUUCUCGUGCAUGCCGAUAUCGGCUUCUCUAAGUAGAUCUCUUAUUCAACAAACUGUUGGUGGACGUACUCAGGUAGCAAGUAUCGUAUCUUGCUUGUUGUUGCUCAUGAUACUUCUUUGGAUUGCACCGUUUUUUGAGCUCCUGCCGAGAUGUGUUUUAGCGUCUAUAAUAGUGGUAGCUUUAAAGGGAAUGUUUCUACAAGCUAGUCAGUUAAAAAAAUUCUAUAAGCUCAGCAAAGCUGACGCUACAAUUUGGAUCGUAACAUUUUUUGUUGUAACGUUAAUAAAUAUCGACAUCGGAUUGCUCGCGGGACUGUUUGUUUCAUUGGUCAUCAUUCUGUUGCAAGCUAUUCGACCUCACCUGUGUCUGCUAGGUCACAUACCGCGUACAGAUCUAUACUUGAACUUGAACAGAUAUAAAGCGGCGAUAGAAAUACCUGGAAUAAAAAUAUUUCAUUAUUGCGGAACUUUGAAUUUUGCCAAUAAUAAUCAUUUUAAAUCAACUGUAUACACACUGGUAGGAGUAUGUCCGCAAAAGAUCGUCAAAUUGAGAAAACAAUUAGCGGAAGAAGGUCAUUUUCUAAAUGAUAAGAAUUCCGAAAGUAAAUCUGAAUUGCAUUGCGUAAUCAUGGACAUGAGCGCGCUGAGUUACAUCGACCCUAGUAGUGUUCAAGUGUUGCACUCGAUCGUGGAAGAAUUCGCGCAGAUAAAUGUUGAGGUUUAUUUCACCAAUUGUCCCAGUUCUGUUUACGAAACUAUAAAGAAAUGCGAUUUGUACAUAUACGGCACAAUGUCGUUGCAAAUGUUUGCGACUGUGCAGGAUGCCGUCACUUACUUUCAAAGCAACAGUAUUUCUGGUUAAUGACAAUAAUUUUAUUGUACGAUAUACACGAGUCAUAGACUUACCAGGAGCCUAGUUAUUGCAUUUCUAUGAGAUAUUUAUAUUUUUAAAAAACAUUUUCUACUUAGACGCUGUACUUAUGGCGCGAUACUUACCUUGAAAAUGUUGUUACAAAGUUUAAACAGUUAUAUAUUAUUUUUAUAACUGUCCGUACACGUACUGGGUACUAACAUAUUGCUAGAUUUGUUAUAAAAAAUUAUAAUUUGUUUUUUAUAUUAAAAUAUAAUCUCGAAAAGAAGUGAUUGGUAUGUGUAUAAUCGAGCAAUCGGUUUUUUUAUUUAGAGCGAUUACCCUAUGUAUGUGACAGCUUACAAUCAUCUUGAGUAGUCUGUUACCGUCACAAAAAAAAAAAUAGGUUUCACUACGCCUCUUCAAAUUGUAUCGACAAUUAUUGCGUCCUAUAUUUUUUUUUCCUAUUUGUAAUGUACAACUGUUUAUUUUUAAUCUUGCGGCAGUGUCGCCCUUUGGAUGCGGAUGUACAUAAGAUUUACGAAAUAAAUACCCGACAAUAAGUAACAGAACACGUUACUUGUCGAUAAAUGUA